AUGACUUCAUACAGAUAUGGCCGUCCGGCGCUCAGGAGCAGUGUCGACGUGCAGCUGCAAUCAGCCUUCAGCGAGGGAAACUGGAACGCUGUCGUCCGUCUCGCUGCUAAGCGGGCAGCAACCUUCAAGGACCCGUAUUACGAGGCGAUCAAGAUGUGCGCCGAAUCCCAGCUUGACGGCACCGCUGAAAAAUGCGGCGUCCUCGUGGCAAUUGAUGAGCUCAUGCAGAACAAGAAAGUCCCAGAUCUCGACAUCAUCGAGCUUUACGAGUGGGCUUGUCGAGACUUUCUGGGUUACGAGAUUGAGUAUGCCGAGACUCUGGGACCCCUGAGGGUCCGGUGGGCCAAGGCAAACGCUACCAGUCCCUUGGCCCUGCAAUGCAUGCAAGCUUGCCUCGAGAAGUGGGAUCUCGUGAGCGCGCAACAGAUUGCAACGACGCUGGAUAAGACACACGCCAACUCUACCGACCGGCGAUAUUUGUUUUGGAACAUUACUCUCACGUUCCUUCUUUCAAUCAGCCCCCAAUGCACCGAUGCCAGCCGCAAGGUGUACAGCCUUCUGGCUGUGAGGCAGCUUGAGCGAGCUGCGGAUCUGACUGAGAAUUGGCCCGACUCGGAGCCCACUGACCGGGGGCUCCGAACAGAAGAAGAGAUUUGCCUCUAUUACCGGGUGCUACUGAGUCAUGGGACCAAGGAAGAGUUCAUCUCUCGACUGCAAAGCCCUAACCUUGGGGCAAUACGUCAGCUAAAGAAAGGCCAUAAGCUACUCUUCUGCGAAGGCCUCAAAGCGCUCGAGUCCUGGGGUGAAUGGGACUGCAUUUACAGCAUUUGUCGUGAGGCUCUGACACGGGGUAUUGAGGGAGAGACGACUCCCUUCUUCGUCUGCGACCUGCAGGUUUGGAAGAAGUUCGCAGUGGCCGCAAGCAAAGCAGCGGAUCCGGACAACGCCCUCAUUGAGGUGCAGACUCUUCUGAAACAAUACAUUGAGAUAAAAGACAAAGCCAGCGAGAUGCACAGAAAGAACCUCAGCCUAGCCCUCCUUGAGACGACAUUCCGGUUACCGGUGACGACACUAGACCCAGACCACAACUCAACAGGCCUGUCACCAAGGGUGGUCCAGCUUGGUCUCUAUCUGGACCAGUAUUUCGAGAGAUUAGCUGCCUUUGAUGACAUCAAAUACUACAUUACAGAACUUAGUUUCGAGGAAAUCAAGACCUUCAUGCAGGCCGUCAUGCCACGGAUAGUCGACGAGAACUCCGACAAAUCCCGGAAAAUUGUACUCAAGGUCUUGGAGUGCAAGCUGCGAUAUCUCCUCACAACAUGCCCGCAGACCCUCUCACCUCAGCCCUCUGUUGCUAAUGGUGAAGUCCAAGACGGGCCAUUUCAGUGUCGGUUGUGCAACAAACCGGCUUCCCUCCCCUGCAGAUGUUGCCUGAAAAUGGUUAUCUCCAGCGCGUCAGAGCUGUACCAGCAGAUAGCCUGUGACAGCAAGCUUUCAGAUGCGAUCCCACGUUUGGACAAGGAUCCUCGUCUCGAUCUGGCGCUCGUCAUUGGCAUAUCUCUCCUCAAACUGGCCGGCCUGAAGCCGCAGACUUCAGAUACGGGCCCGUCAAUAUGGAAGGACAUCGACCCUGGCUUGUUUCUUCAAGGGGUACUAGUCCUUGAUGUCCAGCUGAAAGUGUCACCUCGCGAUAACGAGCUCCGGCUACUACUAGUACAGUUGUACUUAUUACUCGGCUGUGCCUCGUACGCCUACCAACUCUGGAUCCCCCUGGAUGUCAAACGGACAAUUCAAGAUGCGCUCAGCCCCAUCUUUUUUGACAGGAUAUCCAACAUUUCGCCAGGAUUGUUUCAAGGCACACGCUCAUUCAUGGAGCCGUUACGGGCCUACUACAACAACACCUUACGCGAUGCUUGCCCCUUGCGCAUCUGGGAUGCUUUCUCUUCUGGAAGCUACACGAGCAUUCUGGACAUGGUGGAAUACGACAGCGACCUGCGCAGGAGUUGCACUAUGAUGAUGGCGCUUGUAGAGGAGAGGCGUGCGAUACGGUGCUUUGGUGGGAGAAUUGAGUGUGAGAUCGAGGCACAUCCGCUCACUGCAAACAUCACUGAAAGCACGAUUUUGGUCAACAAGACCGACUAUGGGUCGUUCCCCAAUUUCGAGAGUAUAAAUGGCCCGCCUCUUCAUGAGUUUCUCCGCCUCGGGCCCGGGCUUUCAAACGAACGCUCCCACUUAGCUUUCCUCUCGGAGCAGUACCUAGACCUGCUUGCCUAUAAACCGCCCAAAGAGUACAAGCCCUCGAAAGCGAAUGAAGCUGCCCUCCGGGACCGCGAGUAUACUAUAGAGGUUCUCUCCAGGCUAAGUGAAUCUUUGGCCGACUUGCUCCACAAACCCGAAACGCCUUCACGCCUGAACAGCGGGGAGACAAGCUAUUAUACUAUCGUUUCUCUGCUCUCGGCGGCCCUUCUCACUGCCAUCUCCACUUCGCGCAACGACCCGCCACCAAGAGAGUCUCUCUCUCUUGUUACCUCGUCCAUCAAAACCGCCUUUGCCACGCUACGUGGUACCCUACCCCUUUCCAACCCAGUCGAGAACCCACGCAUGCCGCAGGCGUGCUAUGCUUUCGCAGAUAUCCAGACGCUCUCAUGGGUGCGGGACGCGGCGCUGGCAAUCAGGCACAGUGCGGGGUUUGUCCUGGCGAUCCACGAUAAGGAGCUGGCGCGCGACCGGAGCGGGCGGUCUGGCCUGCACAGGGACGUGCUUGCCGAAAUGAGGGCGUUGUAUGAGAUUUCCGGCAAGGCGUUAGGGGAGGUGAAGAGCACCGUGCAGAGACUGAAAGAGGCGCUGGCUGAGGGCGGCUGGUUGGAUCGGCUGUUGGAUCUGGUAUUUGGUGGCGAAGAUCAGGAAGAGGAAGAUGAGGUUAGGAAGGCAGUAGGAGAGAUGGUCGGGGGGCGUGCUGGCGCAGAAGAGUGGGCUGGAAAGGUCAUUGAGAGUUGGAGGGAAGGGAUGAAAGGAUGGGGAAUGGUGAGGAUGGAAUGA